UGGGCUCCUAGGCAGUUUUUUCGUUUCCCUCGAGGUGACUAGGUGACGGUCGGGCUGCUUCUGAGAUCUCAGGUCAACUUGACUUGCCCAGGUUCAGCUGGUCCGAUGAGAUGGGGGUCAACCAGUCCGUGGGCUUUCCACCUAUCACCGGACCCCACCGUGUGGGCUGCGGGGAUGUGAUGGAGGGCCAGAGUCCCCAGGGGAGCUUCUUCCGACUCUUCUACCCCUGCCAGGAGGCAGAGGAGGCCACAGAGCAGCCCCUGUGGAUUCCCCGCUAUGAGUACUGCACUGGCCUGGCUGAUUAUCUGCAGUUUAAUAAGCGCUGGUGGGGUUUGCUCUUCAACCUGGCUGUGGGGUCUUGUCGCCUGCCUGUUAGCUGGAAUGGCCCCUUUAAGACAAAGGACUCUGGAUACCCCUUGAUCAUCUUCUCGCAUGGCCUGGGAGGCUUCAGGACACUGUAUUCAGCUUUCUGCAUGGAGCUGGCCUCCCGUGGCUUCGUGGUUGCUGCGGUAGAGCACAGGGAUGGGUCAGCUGCAACCACGUGUUUCUGCAAGCAGGCCCCCGAAGAGAACCAGACCGCUAAUGAGCUGCUGGAGGAGGAAUGGAUUCCCUACCGUCGAAUUAAGGAAGGGGAGAAGGAAUUUGAUGUUCGGAAUUGCCAGGUGCAUCAGCGGGUCAACGAGUGUACGCGGGUGUUGAGGAUCCUGCAGGAGGUCACUGCUGGGCAGACAGUCCUCAAUGUCUUGCCUGGUGGGUUGGAUCUGGUGACUUUGAAGGGCAGCAUCGACACGAGCUGCGUGGCUGUAAUGGGACAUUCAUUUGGAGGCGCCACCGCCGUUCUGGCUUUGGCCAAGGAGACCCAGUUUCGGUGUGCCGUGGCUCUGGAUGCUUGGAUGUUUCCUCUGGAACGUGAUUUUUACCCGAAGGCCCGCGGCCCUGUGUUCUUCAUCAAUGCUGAGAAAUUCCAGACAGUGGAGAGUGUCAACUUGAUGAAGAAGAUAUGUGCCCAACAUGAACAAUCCAGGAUCAUAACCGUCCUUGGUUCUGUUCAUCGGAGUCAAACUGACUUUGCCUUUGUGGCCGGGAACUGGAUCGGCAAAUUCUUCUCCCCUCAAAGCCACGGGAGCUUGGACCCCUACGAGGGUCAGGAGACUAUGGUGCGGGCCAUGUUGGCCUUCCUGCAGAAGCACCUCGACCUGAAAGAGAACUAUGACCAGUGGAACGACCUCAUUGAAGGCAUUGGCCCAUCCCUCACCCCAGGGGCCCCACACCAUCUGUCCAGCCUUUAGGCACAACUGGCCAUUUGUAAAAGGUCACAAAUGGGAGAGCAGCUGAGUUGAAUUCCCAUUUGGGGUCUGCCCAUAUGGGGUCUUCCUAUCAGGAAGUGGUCGAUCUGGCCCUUCUUCACAGAUCAAAAGGGUAUUGUAACACUGCUGAUUGGGUAACUGGGCACUUUGAUCUUGGUCUAGUUGAUCUUAAAUUCAUGAUGGGGCUUGCUUGGAUCACUUACCGAUGGACACACUGACUUUCUGGGGCCUGAGCCCUGGUGGUGAAGGGAACGAGCAGUGGGGUGGGGCUGGGGAGCACCCGAGCCCUCAGCUGAACACUACAAGCACUAUUAACCCAGCGGGCUACGCCCUCACCUUGGGCCAGCGUGGCUUCAGCAGGGGAAGAAAUGAAGCUGAAAGACCUUCAGCCUAACCUGGCCCUCUCUCUUCGUACCUCUCAGCCUUCUCCCUCCCCUGGGCCACUUGGCAUGUUCUCAGCACUUGAGGUAACUUUCUAGGAUAUGGACCACCAUCAGAUUUUCUAGCCUUCUCAAUGGGUGAAACAUAGUUCUGGGCACUUGGUCUGGGCUAAGAUAUCCUUGUGAGCCCACGGAGGAGAGCAGACAGCAUUGUCCUCUUAACACAGGGAGAAAGGCUGAGGUACAGAGUAGGGGGCCGCGGAAGCUCUGAAUGUCUGGGAGUUUAGCUAAAAAUGUAUCUUGACAGAAGUAGGUUGAGUUGGAGAAGGUAGAAUAACUGUUAAGUAGGCAUUUGAACAGGCCCUUGCCACAGAGGGAGGGAGGUUGGUCAGCCAGAGUUCAGGAGGCCACCCCUGGAGAUCCCAGGAGUACAGUGGUCUCGCCUCUUACCUCAGAUGCCAUGAGCCUCCCUCCAGCGUGCUCAGAAUGAGGGUGCUAUGACUUGUCUGUUCUCUGGCUCUGAGGCCCUAGCCCAAAUUUAAGUCAAGAUAUAGAUUGAAUUUUUAUUCCGUUCCAUUUAUAAUAUGAAUGAUAUUAAUACUCAUGUUUGCCUAAUGAUAUGUUGGAAUAUUCUCUGUCUAAUCUGCUUUACAGCAAGAUGGGGAGCCAUCUGGUAGUAACUUUUCCUUCUGUCUUUGUUCGCUUACUACUUGUGCCCAUGUGGAGAAAAAACUUUAAAAGGAAAGGAAGUCUUCCCGGUGAUCUAGUUCAAAGCUGUCUGGGAAGACCGGCCUGACACACCCCUCUCCACCACUCUAGACCUAUUACCUCAGUUCAGAUAGAGGACCCCAGAGAAGGCAAGAUCCAAAGGGAAAUGUGUCUCCACACCACAGGUCCAAGGUCAGCUCUGCCACCACAAACUGCGACUAGGUCUCCCGCCUCUCAACAGUUGUGCUAGGAGGUGAAGCUUCAGGUCCAUGGGGGCCGUGAACCCUGGGAGGAUCUGUGACCCCAGUGAGACAUAGGGUAGAGAGAAUGUCAUUAGAGCCCUGAGCGCUGGAGGUCUCCAGGCUGGCCUUGAGGCCUGGUUUCACCGAGACGGGGUAAAUUUGAGCAAGUUGCAUUCUCUUUCCAGUCUUGGUUCCUGCAUUUCUUAAGAUGGGCAUCUUCAUUAUGAAUAGCUAAGAGGAUUAAGUGAGAGGGUGUGUGUGCACAUGGAUUAUUUAAAAGUAUGUUUUCUACUUUCCAAAUAUAUCAGAUUUUCCCAGUUAUUCUAUAGCUGUUGUUUUUUUAGCUUAAUUGCUUUUGGUCAGAGAAAAUGACCCAUAUGGUUUUCAUCCUGAAACUUGCUUGUUGGCCCAGUAUGAGAUCAAUUUUGUAAAUGUUCCUUAUAUGCUUGAAAAGACUAUAUUCUGAAGUUGUUGGCAUACUCAACAACAUGAUGGAUUUUCUUCUGUGAGAGUGCAGACAGAUACCUAAUAGGGCCUUCCCACCCGUGCCUGGGGACCACAGCCCUCAGCACUCACAGGAGCAGUGGGUGCCACCCCUUGUGCCCGCCCUGGUUCUGUCAGCUUUGGCACGGGACCCAGCUUCUUUCUACCUUAGAGCCAUACCUGAUGUGUGGGUAUUUUGUAAAGACUGGGAGCCUUUCUGGAGACAAGUUGUUUGGAAACUGGAUCUAUCCCUCUUCCAAUUCAGUUCAUAUUCUGGCAGUGACUCAUUUAUCUGGCAACAUUAGAGUAGGUGAAUUUUCCCUAUAAUCAGAAGCUAUCCUUUGAGCCAAAAAAUAUUAACUUUGACUUUUUUGAAUGGUAAUUUACCAAAAAAGAUAAUACACUUCUUAAUGUGAACUGGCCUCACUUAACUUUUUAGGAUGUUUCAGCCAGGAUAGAGUAGAUAUUAUGGUAGUAACAAGCAACCCCCAAAAGCAACAGAAGUUUCUUUCUUGCCCAUGCUGCUUGUCCUCUGUGGGUCACCUGGAGGCCCUCCUCUGUGUCAUUUUUAUCUUCACUUGGGGACUCAGGCUGGCCGAGCGGCCACAGUCUGGAAGUGUUGGGAGAGAGCAUGGGGAAGCUUCUGCCCACGAGUGACGCUCAUUAUUUCCAUCCACAUUUCAUGACUGGCCAAAGCAGGUCGCCUGGCCAUCCCAGACAGCCCCCCGCAUCCCCAGAGAGCCAAAAUGUCUGUGACCUGGCCUGAGGUCAGAGCGGUGAAGCUGCUGGAUAGCUAUUUGCACCUACGUUACACGGCCCAGUGCUGUGCUCUUAGUCCUUUUGAUUGCCUUUCAUGGUUUGUAUCGCCUCCCUCGUGGCCAGGCGGCCAGCCAUUGCUCUUCACUGCCCUCAGUGCGCCGGCCCCCGCAGCUCUCCCCACUCACUUCAGAUUUAUUACUUCUGAUCAGCAGCAUUAUUUAUAACCAUCUAAAGUAAAAUCAGGUAGUUACUGAGAAAGGGCUUUAGGGACUCCCUGCAACUAAAAUGUGCUGCCUUUAGUGCUUAGAAAUUGUAACCCUUCCUUUGACUGCUCAGAAGGGGUAUAACAAGGUUUUUUGGCCCUUUGCCCUGAUUUUUGGUUAACUUCCAGGGACUCGAAGGACACCAGAUAAAUGGCCUUUUGAUAGGCAAUACAGUCCUGCAUACUGACUGUCAUCUGUUGAUAAACUGCACUCUAGUGAAUCCUUUUGAGAAGCAAAGAUGUCUCGGGUUCCUUGUGCAUCUCGUUCCCAUCCCAUUACAAAACUGAACUCAGGGAGACCCACUAGUGGAAUAUCGUAGGUUCCUGUGCAGGGAAUGGCGCUUCGGUUAGGGAGGGGUGAGUGAAUGCAGACGGAGGGGGGCUCCUCAUCCCUCCCACAUCCCGGGACCAUCGGGCAGAGGCUCCCAACACAGUCCCCAAGCCCCUUCCUAGUGUGUGUCCUGACACAGCUGCCCUCCUGCCCUUCCUCAGGAAGUCUGCUGGGCUCUUGAAGUGUCAACUGAUGGAAUCCAACUGCACGUGUUGGCUUUGUGGGGACCUUUAUCUGCCCCCUUUUCUUCUGGGACACCCCUUCCCCCUUGGCCUGCAAAGUGAUAAGGGACAGGAGAGGCCAUACUCUGUACUCAGGACCCAGUCCUUAUUUAGGAAGCUCACUUUCUGUCCCAUCACAGCCAGAUGCAAAGGCCAAGUGUCCUUGGCCAUAGCUGCUUGACAAAAUGACAAUGAUGAUGAUGAUGGUGAUCGCUGUAAUAACCAACAUGGAUUAGGCCCUUACCAUGUAUCAGGGACUAUGUUCAGUGCUUACACGCUUUGUCUCAUUUACGUUUACAGGAACCCCAUGAGGUCAGGUGGUAUGAGCCUCAUUUUGUGUAUGAGGAGGCAGCUUUAGAGAAGUCAUUUGAUCAAGCUCUCACAGCAAGAAUUUGGCAAAGCUGGGAUUUAGGUGUCAAAAUCCAAAUUGUUAGUCACUGGGCCAUGCUGCCAAAUGCACAUACUUGGUUUUUUGCCCCUUCCCCUGUCUGUUUAAACUCUCAGGGUAUAAGGAAUAUAAUUUCAUGACGGAUGGAAUCAAGAAUGUCAAAUGCUCCAGCAGUUUCUAUAUGAAUUGUAUGGCGAGUCAGUGGUAUUUUUAGCACUACCGAGAAGUGGGUGGGAGAGAAUUGAGCUUCACCGAGGACUGUGGGUCAGGUGCUCCGUUGAUUUCAUAGGUGAGGCAAGUGGUUCAGGGAUUGAGAACAUGGUCUUUGAAAUCAGACAACUCCAACACUAUUUUCCUUGUAACUUAUGCUAAUUAACUUAUGUGGGCUUCAAUCUGCUCAUUUGUAAAAUGGAAAUUCUAGUAGUAUUUACCUCUUAUGGUUGUAAUAAUCAAAAUAAUGCAUGUAAAGCAUUUAGCAUGGUGUCUAUAUUAAGGGGUUAUUAAACACGAACUAUUUUUA